AUAACAUCGGUGGAAUCGGGUCGAAUCAGUUGUCCUCGCGCUCUCGGUAGACAGGCAAAAGUUGAGUCAUCUAAGAAGCAUUUGCCACGCGAUCACUAUCGGUGCAGUGCGAUAAUAUUUCCUUUGUACCCGGAUCAUCGAGUGUCUAUUGAAGCGUAGAUAUCGCAGGCAGCUGGUUUGCUUAUGAUCCGGAAGGCCAGUGUCUGAUUCACUCGGUUCUACAGAAAAUCUACGUCUUGAGGUGUUUGUGAUAAUAUUGGCCCACGAGGGGUAUGAGAUAUAUAUUGUAAUUUUGGUUGUUUUUUAAGAUCACCACCCCCACAUAUAUUUGGGUGCGGUGCACGAAGGGUGAAGUGCGAGUUUGCGAAGGACCCCCCCGAAAAGUACCGGUGCAUGUGUAAUUGUGAACCUUUUGAAAGCUGCUCUCCCAAGAAGAGCACUACUUAGAGAAAAGCAACAUACACACAUACAUACGUGCAGCGAGCUUUGCACACAGAGUAGUAGUGCUCUGUUCCUCUAUUGCUAUUGCUGCUGCACUGCUUAGGCGUGGACUAUUUGAACCGUCGACGUCUCGGUUUUUCGCGACUGCUAUCGCAGUGUGUAGAGUGUGUUUUCCGGCGAAAGUGUGUGACAACAACGCCCCAGAAAAGGUAAACCUAUCAGCAUUCCUGAAUUUGUCUCCAACGAAGAAUAAAGUUUGCAAUAGAAGUGUAAAAGUUUCAGUAAAAAGAAUAGUGUAGAAGUGGGCCUCGAAAGAGCACAAGCGAAAAAAAAGUUGGAAGCUCGCCAGUGUCAUCCUUGAAUAUCUGUAAGUUUGCCUGAAUACCGGUACCCACUAUCCACACCGCCAGUCGACAUCGGACCAGACAACCCCACAGCGUAUUGUCUGGUUUUUGCUGCAGCGAGUGUUCCGGAAAGUUCAUCUACCGGCAUCGACGGCGCUUGGUUAACCGUGAAAAUUGGAUUAUAUUACCCGUUUCGGAUCGAUAUCUGUAUAAUUAAAACACGCACGCGGAACGAAACCACUGACCACCGCCAAUCGUCGAUCUCUGGAUCCGGUUGAACGCUGUUGGUGCAGAAACCGCCGCCGCCUCAGUCCAAGGCAGCACGACAGCAGCGCCUCGGAGCGCCUACCCUGGAGCACCACCGCCUGCGCCGGCCACACUAAAAGGUGCCCAGCGACCCGCUAUGACUAGUCCAGCCGGCGGAAUUCCCGGUGGUCCAUACAGAGGCACAGGCUACGGCUACGCACCGACACAGCAGGCCUACCGAUACACGGCCCCGCUGACGGCGCAACCGGCGUAUGCGACCUACACUCCACACACCACUACCACGGUAAGCUUACUGGCACCGUCGGAGACCACCCUCUAUAACACAAAACAUCAGUACGGCCAGCGGGUACCGACAGCGGCAUCACCCAGCAACACCAACUCCAGCAGUUCAUCGAACACCGGCUCCCAGAGUGGCACACUGAGUACGAGUCUGAGUAAUAAUAACACGAUGGGGCCCAGUAACACACCACAGCAGACGGAGCAGCUGUCCAAGACGAACCUCUACAUUCGUGGACUGCAGCAGGGUACGACCGACAAGGAUCUGAUCAAUAUGUGUGCACAAUACGGUACUAUCAUCUCCACUAAGGCAAUACUAGAUAAAACAACAAACAAAUGUAAAGGUUACGGAUUUGUUGACUUCGAAUCACCGGCAUGCGCCGAGGGUGCCGUCAAAGGUCUCCAGCAGAAGGGCAUUCAAGCUCAGAUGGCCAAAGUGGGUAUCUGGGUGCUACAUAGGCCGGCCAUUCAGCAACAAGAACAAGAUCCUACCAAUCUGUACAUUGCAAAUCUACCACUUAACUAUAAGGAGACGGAUGUAGAGAACUUACUAUCCAAGUACGGCCAUGUGAUCUCGACCAGAAUCCUACGUGACCAGAAUGCACAGUCAAAGGGAGUCGGUUUUGCCAGGAUGGAAUCACGGGAGAAGUGCGAGCAAAUUAUUCAGAUCUUCAAUGGAACCCAACUGCAGGGCGCCAAGGAGCCACUGCUGGUGAAAUUUGCGGACGGUGGUUCGAAGAAGAAAAACCCCUUCAAGAGCCCUGACCCCAAUGCGAGAACCUGGCGCGACAGUGCCGAGGGUAUCCCAGUGACGUACGAUCCUAACAUGCAACAGAAUGGAAUCGGCGUGAACGUAGGGGCCCACAUUGGCGUGCCGUACGGCAGAUUUGGUACACCACAAAUGGGAGGCUAUGCCGUGCCCGGGUCCCAGUGGGUCUCGAGCUACAUGAUGCCGCAACCGAUCGCGCAAGUUGAAGACCAGCAGUAUGUGCAAAUGCAGGCCCCUCAUUUAAGCGUGGGCACUCCAUACAAAACAGACUCGGUUGCCCAAGUGCAACCCCGUGGCGUUUCGAUGAUUAUGUCAAGUGAAAAUCCAGCCGCCGGAGUUCCAUACGGUAUGAUGCCACAGCUUACUACGCUCCAGAUUGGAUCAUCGCAGUACAUUAGCCCAACGUAUCCGUACUACGCGCCUACCCCAUCGAUCAUCCACACAAUGCAAAUGGGCGAUUCAGAGCAGGCCAGCACGGCGGCAUCUCCGGAUGAGGCGUACACCACACAGUAUCAGCAUGCUCCGAAGUAGAGAUCCAGAUCCGGGGCUUCCCGUCAGAUCUAGAUCAUCACAGCCGCCGCCAGUUAAAAAAAAGUAGUCUACAGUCAUCGUCAUUGCCGUCGCCGCCACCACCACCACCACCACCAACAACAACAACAACAACAACAACCAACACAACCACGACCACCAAAACAUAGAGAAAACGUCGCCGACGCAGCAAAAAUAACAACAAGAACAACAACACCAUCCGAUUGGAUGCCAACAUCGGAAACGAUUUGUGUAAAACGAAAGAUGCACGACCAGCAGUAACGAUUCUAAGUCGAAAUAGGAUGUUCUAAAAGUAAAACAUUGAUUUAUCAGAUAAUGUCUGAUAACAGCAAAAUGCCAAAUACGGUUAGAAAUGAAAAUUUAAGGGAUUUCGGAUAUUUUGGGACAUCAAGACUUGAAAUACCGAGCAGAAAAAAAACGAAACCGUUACCUCAUCUGAGACGGGAGAACACUGAUUUUUACAUAAGACUUGAACAAAUACCGUAAUUCAAAGAAUUCCACAAACAAAAGCCAAUCAACCGCAGCCGCGUGUAUCGAUGCAUGGUGCAAAACCUUUAAAGAAAAGAAAAAACAAAAGACGUGCGCGUUAGCAAUAGUGAAGGGAUUUGCCGUUUCUCGUUAAUAACAAAAAAAGCAUAAUAGUGCGCUUUCAAAGUUACACCAUCAUCGCCAGCAACGGAAGAUGAUUGGAUAUAAUGACUGUUACUUUCUUUUUAGUAUUUUCUCCCCCUGACACACCUAAAAGUGUUACAACGGAACGGACCUUAAACAGUCUGUUCAAGGAGCGAGCUAGUUUGCAGCAUCUGAUGCAUCGACUCCUGCCGGCUGGGAAACGAAACCUUAUUCUGUUUGUUAAGUUUUUUUUUAUUUUGUUUUGUUCUUUCCGAAAGAUGCUUUUUUUGUUUUUCAAACUUUAUUUAUUUCACCAUCUCUGCGGUAGCAGAGAGCAGUGUCUGUUGAGCAAAGAAAUAACUCGAAAUCGAACGAGAAGUACUGAAUGUAAUAGGAAACUACUAAAAAAUCGACAAUUAGGAGACAAAGCAUGUCUUUCUGCAAUUACGAGAAACCAAAAACCACAAUAAACAGUAAACAGUGGAGAAGUUAUAUAGAAGAACGAAGGACGCAUUCUCGUAGCUAUUUCCUCACGUUAGAAGAGAAUUUAAAGCCUACAGUUUAAAGAUGCAAAAGAGAGAAAAAGAAAGGAACCCUCCACGGUAAGUUGGCUGACCGGGAAGACGUCUCGAACCGGAUCAACUAAUGAUAGAGUCCUUGUUUUCGAUUUUUAUUGGGACGGCUGAAAAGCGAUGUUUUCACCCGCCGCCGGCCGUUUUCCUAUAUAAAAGCGAAAUAAAACGAAAAUAAAUUUCCACUUUUCCCCUGAGUUGACUCGAGUAAAACUGAAGUCGCGAAAAACAGCGUGCAAAAAUGCAAUCGCGCUGUGUAGAAGAGAAAGGAAAGAGAGAAAGCGAGCCGCUAUUUAGGGUAAUUUUUUAAUUUAUUUUUGUUCGUUAAGAAAGCAAAAUGGUUAGAUUUUUGAAAAUUGUGACAUCAUGAUGUGUGUGUGCAGGAAGAAAGUUAGAGCGAGAGAGAAAGAAAAAGAGAACGAAAGAGAUAGAGAGAGAGAGAGCGAUACUUAGAUGAGGAAAGAGGAUAGAGAAGCACAGCAAGCACGUAUACAGGAAGCGCGAAGCUCUCGGAAAAGUAGGAGGAAUGCUAGUUCAUAAUUUUAGUUUCUAGUUCUUAGAUAGACCGAUUUAAAAUUUACUAUUUUAGGUGACCCUGCGCACAUUCGCGUACUUCGCGCGAAGAGCAGAAAAUGUGAACGAAAGAAAAGAAACAAAAACCAUUCGCAGUGAAUUGAGCAAUAGAUGCGAACAAGUGAACGUCUUUUGCUAGGAAGGCAAGGGAGAAAAGGGAAAAGUCGUAGGCCGUUUUAUAAAAUCUAAAUGUUUUUUUUGAUGAUUUUUGAAUUAUGUAGUUCUAUUUUUGUAGUGUUUAAGCGAAGAAAGGAACUUGCAAUUAAACCGGCUGAAUGAGAUCGAAAAAGAAAAUGCAAAGAUAAAUAAGAGGAGAAAAUCCCGAAAAAAAAUUGUGAGGAACGUGAGUUUAGGAACGACUGUGUUAGUAGAAACGAAGUAGAAGAGAAGCUAGUGAAAGGAGAGGAAAAAGUUUUUUUUUCUUAACUUGUAGUGUGAAUCUUAAUCAGUAAGAUCAAGGACAAUUGAAAUUCAAUAAAAUAGACCCGGUGACGCUGCAAGACGAAGCAAAAAGUCUGCACUAGCCGCAGUGAAGCAAAGCGAAAAUAAAUUCCAGUGCUCGCGAAUAACUUAUUUUUAAUUAUUAUGAAUCGAUAGACGAGAGCUCACAAUUGGUUGGAAUGGUUGGGAUUUUUGCAUGAUAACGCCCCCGCCCCGUCGUCGGUUGUCGGCUGCGGCAUCAUGGCAGAGAGAUGCUUUUUCGACUUCUUUUCUCGGAAGCCUAAUGGAAAGAAAAUGUCCCGGCCUGUGUCUUUUAACAAGUUAAUAUCAUUUCAGAAGCUAUUGAAAGCCGUCAUUGUUUUAUAUUAGUUAUUUACUCUAAUUUAAUUUUUUUAUUUGUUUGUUUUAUUAAUUUUAUCUAACGAUUUGAAAUAAGUGAAUUUAUCAACACUCUAUACUUGCGGAGAAAACGAAAACUUUUAGGGUAGGCGCACCAUUAGUGGUGGUAGUGCGCCAGUAGUGAUGGAAACUCGAAUUAUUCCAUUAUUUUUGCAGAUUUUGGUAAUACAUAAUGCUAUGUAAUAAUCAAGCGGAUUCGAUUUAUCUUCAUUAUUUUGAAAAAUAAUCCGGCAUGUUACUAUCUCGGAUUACCUAGCUGGACUAGCUUUUUUCUAAUAAUGAUUCUUCGACACUGGCGUGUUCAAACUUUACCGAGAAGUGGGACUGUAAACUCUUACAAUAUAAAGCAGGCCCUGCAUUGGCUUAAAUGGUUCCAAUGUAUCACUGACUCAAAAGUACAGCUCUUACGCAGUCGUCAUUGGUUUAAUUCACAUCUUGACUCAAUUAUGGAAAUAUAUAUAGCAAUUUUGAAUCAAU